GCGUCGGCGGGGGGUGGUGAUCAGACGCACCUUGAAGUAGCGAUCGCCGGCGCCGGCGCCGGCGCCGGAGCAACUGGGCUUAGAUCGUUCACACAGGCUGCUGCUCACGGAGGAUGUAGUUGUAGGAGGGGAGGAGGAGGUGAGCUUGUGAUGGACUGACUAAUUCGUGGGAAAGGCGGGCAUGUGAAUAGGUUAGUCUGGAACAUGCAAGUCGCUUCGAGCGGCAGCAGAGCGAAGAGGAGAAAUCAGGAGAGGGAAGCGAGGAGGACCUGAGCAAGAGGCAGGGAAGGAGUAGGGUGAGGGGGAGGAGGAGGGCGGUGGUUGCUUGCUGGGCUCUAGCUGCAGGCGAAGGCGGUGGUGGGGUCUGCAAGGAGGAAGAAGGGAGGCGCAGAAGAGGAGGAGAAUAAGGGCAUUACUCACCCUUGUGCUUUCCUGAAUUGAAUGUAUUUGGCCAUUACUUUGGCCUCAUUCACUGGAGAAAGUCGUCGUGUGAGUGUACCACAGUAAGCGGAGGAGAGGAAAAAAGUAAUAGAAAGAGGGGAGGACGGCAGAGAGAAAGGAGGCGAGGCAUUUGGUUGGGAGCGUAGUUGUGCUUCAAACCGACAGGUGGAGGUGGUGGGUAGGGUAGGGAGAAGGGAAGGGAGGGAGGGAGGCAGGGGGAAAAUGGGGGCAAGCGAGUCAACGUCGUUAUUGGGAGAACAUCAUCAGGGCUUGCUGGACAGAUUCGUGGGUCCGCAUCCCAUUCCAAUCAACGAUCCGUUUUGGAGCGAGCUCCUGUCGUUCUCAUUCCCUCUUCUGAAGCUGAAACCUUCAGAUCCCGAUGAGGCCACAAGACCGUUAUGCUGGCAACUGGCGAAGAACAAUGGCGUGACGUGUCACCUGGGCAAGCUGCUUAUCCAUGUGGCACGAUGUCUGCAGGACACGUCGUCCAUCAACCAAAGCUUGACGAUGAAAGCCAUCAACACCGUCUACUUCGCCCGGCUCUUUGUCAAGCAUUUCGUCGAGUGCUACGAGACAGAACUCCUUUAUCAUCUCGAGGUCUCGAUCCCCCCUGGCCCUGCUCAGCCUCCUCCUCCUGCUGCUACUGCUCUAUCUGCUUCCCCUUUCGGAGGGGGGGGGAACGAGGAGAGCGUAGCGGAUGGGAGCGGAAGGGGCCGCGGCUCGGAGAACAUGCUGGUGCCCACUGUCCGUGCUCUGCUGGCCUUCGUCGCUUCCAGUGACGUCAAUGCAAAUUCGUACCUCCUGCACCUGGAGGUGAUCAAUCUAUUGUUGGUGAUGACGUCAACGCAACUACACGCCCCGCCGUGCGUAGGGCCAGGAAACUCGCACUUCUUCCUAGACGCAGCGAUGGCGCAGACAGAUCUGGCGGGUCCAUUCGUGAGGAAGCUCUUGGUGUCGGCCAUAGCACGUCUUCCAAUGCCUCGCCGGCUUCCGUACCACCAUUACCACCAUCAUCCUUCCUCCGGUAAUUCCCAUCAUCAUCAUCAUCAACAACAGUAUCAUGCUGGUCAGCGCCAGCCGCAGGUGGCUAAUCAGCAGCAAAGUGGGCUACCAACGUCAGCGACAGCUCAGCAGCAGGAAGACCAAGGGGGGGGAGGGGGGGGUGUUUUGCGGAAAGUGGGCAGUGCGGCUGCGACCAUGUUUCUCCUUCCGUACUACGCAUACGGUUAUCUCACGAGCGGAUCGGGAAGGGACGUGGGUUGUCCGCUGGCGGAUAACAGUCUCCUCCUCCUCCUAGUUCUCUCGCAUUACGGUAGGGGUGACGAGCAGCAAAUGGUCGCGGCCGCCGGCGAAUGCCUCGACGACGUCGGGCUCGUCCUUGAUGGCAAAGGUGAAGGGGGAAUGUCAGCCGUCAACGGCAGCGGUGCCUGCAACGGAGGAGGAGGAGGAGCAGGAGGAGGGGGGGGAGGGAGAGAGAGUAAUGGAAGAAUCGCGGCUGUCGGGGGCCGUUACCACAACCCUUUCCUCCACGCGCUUCAGAAAUGUCGGGACAGUGCAUACGAGGAGGAGGAUGGAGAGGAGGAGGGAGGGCGGGGCAAAGGCGGCGGCGGCGGCAGUGGCGGAGGAGGGAUCUCCCAAGCCGCCGCGGAGGCGGGAUAUGGCAUGUGUGGUCCCGACGUUAUCCGAGUGCCCUACUCCUCUCUUUACGAUAUGCUAGGGGCCACUUUGUCCGACGAGCGCUCCACCUUGCUGCUCUACUCUUUGGUCCACAGCAAUCGCUCGUUCCUGGAAUACGUUUUGGUCCGCACAGACCUGGACACGCUUCUCAUGCCUCUGCUGGAAAUGCUUUACAAGGCCUCCAAGUGCACGUCCAAUCAGAUCUACAUGCUGCUGAUCGUCCUCCUUAUCUUGAGUCAGGACGCCUCGUUCAAUGCCAACGUGCACAAGCUUGUUCUGGCGUCUGUUCCGUGGUACAGGGAGAGGCUUCUGCUUAAGAUCUCUCUGGGAUCGCUGAUGGUCAUCAUACUGAUCCGGACCAUCAAGUUCAAUCUUUCCAAACUGAGGGACGUCUAUCUCCAUACCAACUGUCUGGCGACACUGGCCAACAUGGCGCCGUACGUGCAGCAACUCAACUCGUACGCGGCACAGAGGUUGAUUAGCUUGUUCGAUAUGUUAUCGCGAAAGUAUAUGCGUCUCCAGUCGGCGGCGACGGCGGCGGCCGCGGCCGCUUCCACGUCAUCUGCGUCCACGUCUCCGUUGAUAGUAGUGUCGGCGCCAGAGAGGCGGGUAGGUGGAGGGAGGGGAGGAGGAGGGGUGGACGGGGUAGAAGGCGGCGGGGCCGAUGGGGCACAGUCCGAUGCCUCAUCUUGUGUGAUUAGAGAAGGGGCUGGGGAGGGGGCCGGGGGAGGCGGCGAUAUGGGAGACGAUCUCGAUUCGGAGCUGAACAUUUUCACGGAUUUUCUAAGGACCGUUCUGGAGAUUAUCAACGCCAUUCUCACCUACGCCCUCCCGAAGAACCCGGAGGUGGUGUAUGCUCUGCUGCACAGGCAGGAGCUGUUCGCGCCGUUCAAAAGUCACCCGAGAUUCUACGAGCUGCUGGAGAACGUGCAGACGGUGCUGGACUUCUUCAACGUGAGAAUGGAUGACUUGCACAAGGAGGGAGGAGAUUGGUCGGUUGAAAAGCUGUUGCAGGUGGUGGUGGCGAAUGCGAGGGCAUGGAGAGGGGAGGGAAUGAAGAAAUUUUCGGAACUAAGGUUCACAUACGAGGAGGAAUGCCAUCCGGAAGAGUUUUUUAUACCCUACAUCUGGUCGCUCGUAUGUCAGCAUAGCUCUAUCCCGUGGGAUUUGUCAUGCAUCUCGCUGUUUCCGACGCCGACGCAACAAACAGGGGGAGGAGCAGGCGGAGAGAGGGAAGGGGGAGGAGGAGGAGGGGGGGGUGACGACGUGGUCUAGAAAACAGUGAAACGACUAGCGGAAGAAUGAAUUGAGAUUACUUCGUCGUACAUCUCGCUAUAACGACUAGCGGAAAAGGAGGAGGAGGGGGAAGAGGAGGAGGAGGAGGAGGGGGUGGGGGUGGGCGUGGGCGUGGGAUUGGGAGUGACGAGGUGGUCUUUAGCAAAACAACAAUAAGAAACUAACUAUUUGAAGAGUGAAUGACGAGAUGGAGACGACGGAUAAGGGAUGAUUGAUAUGUAUCCUUUUCGUUUUCCGGUGCGGUCGUCCUGCUUCUCUGCUGCGGUUUCUGUUGCGGUUGAAGAUUACUCUUCCGUUGGAUUGUGUCUGUCUGUGUAGCCAUUCGCGCGGCCGUCUCUAUCUUGGCUCGUGAUCUUGCUUGGGUGCGGAAGAAGCCCGAGGGCACCAGAGAGCGGAUAGGAAAGGGAGAAGAAAGGCAAGUGGGCAGAGAGAGCGUGGAGUUUGACAAUUAGGUCUUGUCUUUGGGGUGACUUCAAGCUGGUUGGGUUGAUCGGUCCGUCGGUCGAUCGAUCAAUAGAAAGACGGAAUGGUCGUCAUCACAUUUGCCCUUAUGUGUAUUUGUCAGAGGGAGGUGAGUUAGAUAGAUAGAUUGAUAGAUCGAGAUAGAUAGAUAGAUAGAUAGAGAGAGAGAGAGAGAGAGAGAGAGAGAGAGAGAGAGAGAGAGAGAGAGAGAGAGAGAUGGAUGGAUAGGCAAACGAGGUGGUUGGUGACGAGAACAUGGGCUUCAAUUCCUUAUAUUCGCCAGCGAUUUGACGUGUGACUUGUUUUUUUAGGGCUGCGGCGUGCAUGGUUGCGGAGGUCCAGACGGUGUUAAUUGCAGCAGCAGCGUCAAGAACACGAAGAACGGACUGAGCACCAACCGCUUUGGAGCAGUAAGAAGGGAAGAUUCGCCACGUGUAGACUAGCGAAAAGAGGAGGAGGGAAUGCGUGUUGGUUUCCGGGGGGCCGGGCGUCGAUCGGCUGGCAGAACAAGUCUCUCCUCCCUCUCCACCUAUGGUUCCUACCCUUCUUAUAUUCUCGAUCCCUCUCACGGCUUGGUGGAAGUCGAAGGUUGUGUUCUAUUUUCGAAAGGAAGGUCACAGGUUCGGUUUCUAUUCAUGGAGCAAGCGUUCAUCCUGUUUGAACCCGUUUCAUUCCUCACCCAAACCUUGAUCCACACUCAUUCCUCCACACAUAUUCAUUAUCUAUAAAUAAAUCCGUCCAUUCAACCAUUUGAUCGUAUUGUCAUGAAUCCAUCCAUGCAGUCAUCCUUUCUAUGUUUGACAAAGAUGAUGAUGAUGAUGAUGAUGAUGAUGACCAUUGACGAUUGGGGACGGGAUGCUGAUGCUGAUGUUGACCAUCGACGAUGCGGGACAGAUCAUGGUGGCGCGGAUGAUUGAAGUGAGGAGGAUCGUAGCGACUAUGCAUGAGCAGCAUAGCCAUCGAGACGGGCGGUGGAGGAGCCAGCGAAAAGCGUAGUUCUCUGGUCUCUCUUCCUCCCUUCCUCCCUACUACUUAUGUGGCCAUCCACACGAUCUUUGUGGAGGGUAUUGCCAGUCGCGAUCCCCGCGGGCCUCCCUCUUCUCUUCUGGGUUUCUUCCUGCAAUUGCUGGGAAUGUGCCCUGCUGCUAGGUUUCAAGGGUUAGACGUCCUGGAGUAUGUCCGUAGAGCGAGAGUGAUCUGCGGAAACGAGUACAGGUUGCUUGUGCCAUCGCCUAAAGAAAGCGUCGCUAUUUGUUUUACCUUAUGGCUCUUGAUAGGGCUGCGAGGCAGCAGUGACCGGUUAUUUUUGUCUUUUGUCAGAUGGGGCCGUUGAGGGAAAUCGAUGUGAGAGGGUGCAAUCUUCCCAGCAGAAGAGGGUGAUUUGAGUUGACGAGGUCGGAAUCCGCAGCCACAUCUUGAAUGAUAGUAAGGGGAGAAAAAAGGAAUGGGGAGGAUGAGGAACGAUAGGAAAUGUAGAGUGUGAGGAGGGGGGGCUGAUUGGAAGACGAAGAGGAAGAGUAGUAUUAGGAGGAUCAGAGGAUAAGGAGGACGAGGAGACCGAGGUAAGUGUAGGUAGAACAGCAAAAAUCAGGAGGAAGCGGGGAGAAGAAGGUCAGAAUAAGGACAGAGGAGGUAGCGAGCAUGAAAAGGACGAUGACGAGCAUGGGAGAAGGCAAGAUGGUGGGUACAGGGUAGGGUGAGGAGGGUGAGGGAAAGGUGGUGUUUUGGGAAGUUUGGCAGGUUGCAAAAACCAGAGUGGUUAAGAGUAGAUCUCUAUCGGAAGGACGGGCUUGAACAAUGUGAGGAGUUUAGAACCUCUUUCUAGUGGACCGAGUUAAUAGGUGAGUGCUUUGGGGGCGCUCUUUUUCUCUGCCCGUGGACCUUAGGGAGCACUCACACAGGGAUCAUACGGACUUAAUCUGAUGAUUAUGGACCCGGUAAAGUAUACUCCCCAGUAUGAGGACACCCCUGCUUACCCCAGAGUUUGGGUGAGAGCUGAUGAGGAAGGGGAAACUGAAUGGGUUUGCGGAGACAUGAUGCUGGCGGUUGAUUGAUUGAUUGGAUGAUUGAUUGAUUGAUUGAUUGAUUGGUUGAUUGAUUGAUUGAUUGAUUGAUUGAUUGAUUGGUUGAUUGAUUGACAACUGUCCAUCUGGAUGGGGGAUCGCUGCAUCACCGUAGAUGCUCACCCGCACCUGCCCGCCCGCUCAUUGAUAAUUGGCGUUGUGAAUUAUAUUUCGAGUAUUAACUUUUACUUGUUUGGCAGGGAACCAGGAACAUUUUCCCUUGGAGGGUGAAGGCGUUUAGUUGGAUCGCCACUAUGCGGGGAGGUUCAGUACGAUUAAAAACACCCAUGUUAUUCGUUGCAGGAUUCAUCUUCUUGUUUACCGUUAGGAAAGAGGAUGGUAAGGAGGGUCAACUACGCAGUUUUGGGAAAGAGAACGGUAAGGAGGGGGGUUGAAGUACGCAGUCUUGGGAAAGAGGAUGGUAAGGAGGAUUAAUGACACAGUUUUGGGAAAGAGGAUGGUGAGAAAAGAGGAUGGGGAGGGGGUUUAGUCACACAGUUUUGGGAAAGAGGAUCGGGAGGGGGGAUUAGUCACACAGUUUUGGAUUAUUGUUGAGAGCAUUAUGGUUUACGCAAGAUGAUCCAUCUGCAGUGGACACGAUAACAAGUUUGCGGCAGCUCUUGGUAUUGUCUCUGAAAGUCUAAAGAGCGGAGGGGCCUGCCUCGUUAGACAUUCGUCGCAGGAGUUGGCAGCCUUGCUUCUGCUAAUUGUUGCUUCCUGUGGAGACGGUGGGAUGCCGACCCAAAUUAUGGUGGAAGUGAUAGGGUGACUGUUUUCCAUGGAUUUGUCAGAGAGGUUCCAGAGAGGGAACUUGGCGGAGUGAAAUGACAUUGAUGGUUGGCCUCCUCUGACGAGGAAGUUGUGCAAGGGGAAAUGUAAGGACCUUUGAGCAAGCAAGGCCUCUUGGCAGUUUACCUCCUCCUUUUGUUUUUGUCGUCCUGUUUUUUUCCCCUUUGCUACCUCCCGUAAGGCCAGGUGUGGCCACAGAGAAGCUGAUGAGGACAGGCAUCUUCUCGUCCCCCCUGGAUCGGUCGCUUUCCUCUCGUAACCCACUGCUUGACUGCGCGGUUAUGCUGUGCCGCUUGCAGUUUGCUUUUCCUUCUCUCUGGUUAAUACUGAAAAGAAUGCAAUGCAGAGAGAACUGCCUGGGAGAGGGGGCGAGACAAAGACGAGGACUGCCGGUGAUGACAGUGGCGGUCAGUCCCCUGGGGGCGGGGAGGCCGGCUCGGAUGGGAGACAGUGGAGUGGACGAAAGGUAGGUGCUCUCGGGGAGGACUGUAUGCUUGCUAGAUUUGUCAUAGUUGUGGAUUCGUUGGCUGAUGCAGAUGGUGGCUAGUAGGCAUCGGACAAUAAGCUCAACUGCUGUGGUCUGCUAUAGCUCGUUGCGGGUAUAACAUGCACUGUGACUGACUGGUUGUCGGCAGCCAUCCCUGCUAUACUGCACGAGGACUUGAUGAUCCCUUGGCGAGGGUGCUGCCGUGCCUAUUUGUUUGUCUUUCCGCUGUCCAGAUGGUAGACAGGCAGAUGGACUCUACUGAAACGGUGUGAUGAAGGUUAUCAGAACUGCAAGCUUGUUGACCUUGUCUGCGAGCUUGUUGACCUUUUCUGCAAGCUUGUUGACCUUUUGUGCGAGCUUGCUGACCUUCUCUGCGAGCAUGUUGACCUUCUCUGCGAGCUUGUUGACCUUUCUGCGAGCUUGUUGACCUUGUCUGUGAGCUUGUUGACCUUGUCUGCGAGCUUGUUGACCUUUGUUUUCCUCAUCCGGGGCUGGGAGGGAGAGAACAAAAGAUGAAUGGUGGAAGUUUGAGCUACGAGUUCAUGAUCUGUUGGGAAAGGAGGUCGAAGAAACAGGCUGGCGAUAAGAUAAGUGUAGAGGCUUCCCAUGUC